UGAAGUUCGAACCACGCUCGCACGCGAGCGCAGGAGGUUCGAAAUCGAGGUUAGUGAAAUUGAGAACGCAGCGAAGGAAAGAUCGAUCGAUCGACUGGACCGAUCGUAAAGCCAUGGCGGACGACAAUGAGCCUUUGUUGCCGACGACGGGCUCGGCAGCAGCUGCGGGCGUAGGAACUAGACGAAUUUCGCAGCAGCACGUGGAAUUGAACGAAAACCUAGCGUCUGCAGUGUUUUCGUCCAAGCGCAAGCGCCCGGGAGCAGCGGGCGAGGAGCUCGCAGGAGCCGGGGCGGGAGCAGUGGGAGAGAGCGCUGCGGAUGCGAGCUUGGAGAGCAGUCGAUUAAAGCGCAGGAAUGGAGCUGGAGCGUUGGAAGGAGGCGGGGGAGGCAUGGAGAAGGGCACUUGGGGCGGGAAGGUUCUCGCUGGGGGCCCAGGUGUUUCUUCUUCUCCGGUGGAAGGGGCGCAGACGAGGAAGAGGAAAAGCCUCGAGAAGCUGGCUGCUGUCGCCGGUGCGGCUGCGGCGGAAGACGAUGGGGGAAGCGUUUCCCCGUCGCGGGAGGUUGUGAAGAUCAGCACUAAUAGCAGCAGCAGCAAGAAACGAAAGCCUGCCGUUGGGGACGAGGCCGUAUACGGAAUGAAGGACGGCCCUGAGCCGAGCGAUGAAGGCAGAGUUUCGCAAGGUCUAAGAUUACGAUUCACUCGCAGCGGGAAUUCUCUUGCCGCUAAAAAAGUUACAUGUGAGGAGGACACGCGGACUGGAAGCGCUGGAGAACACACCGAAGGGCCCAACAUUAGAAGCAGAGGAAGUUUUGACGUGGCCAAUCGAAGCGGCGAAGGGGAGCCGUGGACAAUGCCUGCCCAAGUGAGAGAUCAGAGUCAUCCUUCAGCUGGGGAUGGCCAUGGCACGCCUGCUAAUGCAAGCAAUGCUAAAGUUUCUGAGAAAUCACCUCUUACUCGUGAACUGUAUCGGAUACCUAGCCACGCAGGGUGGUUCUCUUGGAGCAAAAUACAUAAUAUCGAAAGGCGAUCCUUGGGCGAGUUUUUUGACGGAAAGUCUUUGUCGAAGACUCCUAAGAUAUACAAGGAGUAUAGGGAUUUUAUCAUCAACAAGUACAGAGAGAAAGAACAGCGAUUGCUAACUUUUACCGAAGUUCGCCGGAUGCUUAUCGGAGAUGUCAAUGCUUUAAGAAGGGUUUUUGACUUCCUGGAUCACUGGGGUCUUAUCAACCAUCAAGUUGGAACUGAAUCGAAUCAGGAGGCGUCUCCGACACCCAUUACUGAUGAUGGAGUACCCAGUGGUGUGCGAGUGGCCCUGGGUCCCGUAGUUAGCCCUGUUCUCCAAUCGGAGUCUUCUCUCGGUGUGUCCAGUCCUUUAACUGGCUUGCAGUUGCAUGCUCUUCCGUCAUACAGGAAUGUGUUUGCUCCGGUAAUUCCUGCGGGUGAAGCCGAGAAAAUACCUCUUAAGUUUAACUGCUCUUCUUGUGGAGCAGACUGUUCGAAAAUCAGAUUUCACUGUCAAGACGAGAUUCAGGCGGGGUUAGAUCUGUGUCCUACUUGUUAUAAAUCUGGAAAGUUUGGACCUAUGCGAGUACCGAAAGAUUUUGUGCGAAUCAAUGGGGAGAGCGAUUCUACGGGUGAUCGAUGGACGACUAAGGAGACUUUGAGUUUGCUGGAGGCAAUUGGACGUUUCGGUGACAACUGGAAUCAAGUAGCAGAUUACGUUGGCACGAAGUCGAGGGGGGAGUGUGUGAAGCAGUUCAUUCGUCUACCUUUUGGUGAUAGAUUUUUAAAUGAUGCAGGAGCUGACUCACCAGCAUUUAUGGAUGGAGAGAGGAUGCUUGUUGAUUGUGAUGAGGAACCAAGGGUAUCGGAUGAGGUUCACGAGACAGAAGGAAAUAUAAAGUCCAAUGGUGGGAAGCACUCAGCUGUUAGAGGUUGCCCCGUGUCGGGAAAGUCUGGAAGACGGUCAACGAAACAAGAGUUAACUCCGCUGCAAGAUGUGAAUAAUCCGCUUCUUGGCCAGGUAGCUCUUAUGUCUGCUAUGGUUGGUUCUCGAGUGGCAGCUGCUGCUGCUCAGGCAGCCAUCAUCACAAUUGCUGAAGACGACCCUGCUUUGGCAAACCAUUCAAUUAUGAAUAGGUACUCUACACCUGGAGCUCAGCAGAAUUUUGACAGCCGAUCUAAGGAGCCUUCUAGACCGGAGACGCCGGCGCAAGGAGUUUUAGCCCAAGAAGUGGAAAGAGAAGCAGAUGGAGGCCCAUCAGCGGUGCAGCUUCAAGUAGGCAUUGCCACAGGUCUGGCUGCGGCAGCCGUUAAUGCAAAACUACUAGCUGACCAGGAAGAACGGGAAAUGGAGCUGCUUAUGACUGACAUUAUAGAGAACCAGAUGAAAGCACUUUAUGCCAAGCUGGAACAUUUCGAUGAGCUAGAAAUGCUUCUAGAGAGAGAGCGCAUACAAAUUGAGCAAGCUAGACAAACACAAUUCUUACAGCAGAUCCAAUUUACGGAGUCUCGACUUCAUUUGACAAGGCAUGGCUGAAGUUUAGUGGAUUAUUUCUUUUUAGUCAUUUCUUAGGACUUCUCCUUAUGAGAAGAUAUGCUUACAGGGUGGUAGUCAUAUGUUGGCUGCCGAUACGUAGUUGAAGAUAGCUUCUAUCCAGUAAUACCUCAAUAUUCAGUGAUCUACCUUUCUCCAUCUGAGCUUGUCUGUCCGAAUCAAUUUUAAAGAGAAGAGUGGAAGCAAACCAUCCCACAAGGUACUUGUG